AUGAAUUAUUAUUCAACGGGAUCACCAUUUUACCAUGAAACAACAACUUGGUAUGAGCCAACAUACAUACAGCCAUCUAUUAUAUCAGCUCCCAUCUCUAGCACAAUAAUAGAGGGAAACACUUCACUGGGGACUGUAGAAUUACAUAUUAACAAUCCAUAUGUAAUUCUUGCAAUUUUAGUUUCUAUUCUAAUAGUACUAUUGGUAUUAGUUGGUAUAUCAGAGCAUUCAAAAAGAAAUGAACAAAAUGCACGAAAUGAACAAUCCUCUAGACAAACACCGCCUAGUGAUAAUUACAGCGGGUCUAAACUCGCCUCAACAACCACCAAAUACCAGGCCAGCAAUGUGACUAAUCAAAAAGGUUCACAUGUGAAUAGUCAAGAUAUAACAAUUCCAAGUGCACCGCCUCUUGGUGUAAAAUCGGAUGAUUAUAAUUCCCCUCCUCCUCCAUACACCCUCCUCCCUACGAGAACAAUUCCAAGUGCACCGCCUCUUGGAGUAGAAUCGGAUGAUUAUAAAUACUCCUCUUCUCCAUACACCUCCUAUAUGCAAAAUAUAAGUGAAGAUAGUAAUAAAAUCUACGUUGACACUACAAAUAAAGGUGGCUUAAGAUUCGCUGAAACUGGUGUACUUGGCGAAAAAUUCUCUCAAAAUCGUGUUUCUGAUUACUCACAAACAUCUGCUCUAGGAGAAUCUUUCAGUCAGGUAGAACCAAGAAAAUUAUCUUUUAGUAGUCCAUUUAGCUAUAAUUAAAUAUUUAAUUUAUACAUAUUUUUAGUAUAAAUGAUUAUUAAAGAAUAUUUAAAAUAAACA